CCUAAAUUCCCCCACUCUGUUAUCGGAGAUGCUUAUAGCGCCAGAAUUUCAAAGCAAAGCCGCCAAGCCAAUCGGGUGAGCGUCAUUUCCUGUAGAAGCGUUGGUAGUGGCGUGUGUUGUUUGUUUGGCUUUCAUUGUAAUUUACAGAAAAACAUAAACAUGGCCGAUGCUGACGAUCUUUUGGAUUACGAAGACGAGGAAAAUCCAGAACAAAACUCCGCCGAAACACCGGCAGCGACUGAACAGAAAAAGGGCGUAAAGGGUACCUACGUCUCAAUUCACAGCUCCGGUUUUCGCGAUUUUCUGUUAAAACCGGAAAUAUUGCGCGCCAUUGUUGAUUGCGGCUUUGAGCAUCCUUCCGAAGUGCAACACGAAUGCAUUCCUCAAGCAGUAUUAGGCAUGGAUAUUCUAUGCCAAGCGAAGUCCGGUAUGGGAAAGACUGCAGUAUUUGUAUUAGCAACGUUACAACAGCUAGAACCCACUGAAAACGUUGUGUACGUUCUCGUCAUGUGUCAUACUCGCGAACUGGCCUUUCAAAUCAGUAAAGAAUACGAACGGUUUAGUAAAUAUAUGCCCACAAUUAAAGUUGGCGUUUUCUUUGGUGGUCUGCCCAUUCAGAAAGAUGAAGAACUAUUGAAAAGUAACUGCCCGCAUAUUGUUGUUGGGACUCCUGGUCGAAUUUUGGCUUUGGUCCGGUCGAAAAAACUUAACUUGAAGCAUAUAAAACAUUUUAUUUUGGACGAAUGCGAUAAAAUGUUAGAAUUGCUAGAUAUGAGGCGAGACGUUCAAGAAAUAUAUCGCAACACACCUCAUGGCAAACAAGUAAUGAUGUUCAGCGCCACCCUCAGUAAAGACAUUCGGCCGGUUUGCAAGAAAUUCAUGCAAGAUCCAAUGGAAGUUUAUGUUGAUGACGAAGCUAAACUAACAUUGCACGGAUUGCAACAGCAUUAUGUUAAGUUGAAAGAAAACGAAAAAAAUAAAAAACUAUUUGAAUUGCUUGACGUGCUCGAGUUCAACCAGGUGGUUAUUUUUGUUAAAUCUGUUCAGCGCUGCAUGGCUCUAGCUCAACUUUUGACAGAACAGAAUUUCCCCGCGAUUGGGAUUCACCGAGGUAUGACGCAGGAAGAGCGUUUGUCUCGUUACCAACAGUUUAAAGAUUUCCAAAAGCGUAUCUUGGUGGCGACAAAUUUGUUUGGGCGUGGUAUGGACAUAGAGAGAGUGAAUAUUGUAUUUAAUUACGAUAUGCCAGAAGAUUCCGACACAUAUCUUCAUAGAGUCGCUCGCGCAGGGCGAUUUGGUACCAAAGGUUUGGCUAUCACGUUUGUGUCUGAGGAAAGCGAUGCAAAGAUCCUAAAUGAAGUUCAGGAUCGAUUCGACGUAAAUAUUACCGAGUUACCGGAUGAAAUAGAUUUAAGUUCUUACAUUGAAGGACGAUAAACUGUCAUUUAGUGAACCUACUGAUUAGCUAUAAGGAUAUUUUAGAUACAUUGUGAUUGACAUAAGUUGUCCCUGUAAAGAUUGACUUUUUUUAAUGUGUCCGUUUAUUUUUGAAUAAAAUUAAUUUGCCCUUGGA